AUGUUGGUCGAGCUCAAGAAUGGCGAGACGCUCAACGGACAUCUGGUGCAAUGCGAUACAUGGAUGAACUUGACUCUAAAAGAGGUGGUGCAAACAAGUCCCGAGGGUGACAAGUUCGUCCGCCUGCCAGAGGUCUACAUUAAAGGAAACAACAUUAAAUACUUGCGAGUACCAGACGACAUUAUUGACAUUGCCAAGGAACAGCAACAAUCACAACAAAGCGGUUUUAGAGGCGGACGAGGAGGCUCGAGAGGCGAUCACGGCGGCCGUGGCGGCGAAAGGGGCGGACGCGGUGGGCGCGGCCAAGGAAGAGGCAGAGGCCGCGGUCGGGGCGCCUGA